CGUAGAUGUCGGCGGAACAGGCAACGUGUUGGUCCCAGGAACGCCAAGACCGGCAAGCGUGUGUGAUCCAAAAGCUUUGCAGCAACCAACAUCUCCGAAGCCCAUCAUCAUGACCGUUCACCGUCACCGUCACCACCGCCACACACCACCACAACCAGCAUUACCAGUACAUACAAUCACCAGCAUAACCUCCUGCGCUCAAUCUAACCUCUCUUACAGUCGCGCUGCUACCCCACCGCAUUGCGCGACUACUGCGUAAAACUUCUCAACAACCGCCCAAUUGAACCUCCCCCGGGCAUCGUCGGCCAUUGGCCCUCCAACCCUCAUCAUCCGCAAUGUCCGCACCGCAGUUCUGGUCCACACCCUUCCGAUACAUGCGAUGGGCAGCGCAUGAGAAACCAGCUAUCUUCUUCAGCGUCAUCAUCGGCUCGCUAGGCCCUGUGGCACUCGUGUCCCUCCCGCCGAUCCGACGGUAUUUUGGCGACGUGGACCCCGCCCCGAUUCCGCUGACUUAUCCAAUUCCUCCCGGCCCAAGACAGAUCCCGAAAGGUUAUGAUGACGAGUAACUGAAUUAUCGAAUAAGGGAGAGGGAAUAAAUAAGGGGGCAGCAAGGUUUAGUAGAUGCGGGGUCGCAGGCAAUGGUGGGAAAGAAGGAAUCUGUCCCCUGCUCAAUUGGUUAAAUUCUUUCCGGGAGCAAAAUGGCGUCGAUAUAAUGGUGCUUGAGGCUAAAAAAGCAAAAUAAAAGAAACGAAAAGAACCCAAAAGCUUAACGAUAAGGGGAGAAGAAAAGCUAUAAAAUAAAGGAAUUUGGGAGGGGGCUGGUAAGUCCCGAAAAAAUAUACAUAAAAAGACAUUGCUACUUCCUUCGUUCCUUUGGUGUCUUGUAUCAUACAUAAAAACAUUAUCUCUCAUAUACACAUUUUCCCCGUUUUUCCCACUAUCGUACAGGCUCAACCCGCAUAAUUUUGAGGUGCAUUUUUUCCCUCCAAGAUCAAGCUCUUUAAGGCAAUUGUUAAGCUUUCCCACGUAGAAAUAUCAUCGCCUUCUAUCUCAUCCAUAUCUUCAACUUUGAG